AACAAAAGGGUUUUUUCUUUAAAAUUAUUUAAGUGCAAUGUAAAGCAAAAAGGAUUCAAAAAUAAUGCACUGGCAAUGCAUAUAUAGCUUAGCACUGAUGUGCAUUCCUAUUGGAAUAUAUAUUGGUAUUACUCGUAUUAAACAAAAUACAGUAAAGACUGUACCUGAUGCAAAGUACGAGCUACCGCCCUCCAGCUCCAAGCUGCAUAGGUUUAAAGAUGCUGGUAUAUGCUCAGAUAGCGAAGAUUGCAGUGCUGUUGCCAAAAAAAUCCUACUGGCCGAUGGGAAUGUGGUAGAUGCUGCGCUGGCUGCGCUACUUUGCAAUGGUUUAAUUGGAAUGCAGAGCAUGGGCCUAGGGGGCGGUUUUUUGAUGAACAUUUAUAUGCAUAAGGAACGGAAAUCAUAUAGUAUACUGAGUCGUGAGUUUGCACCACUCAUGCUGCUUGAAAGCAACUUUACGAAUUUUCGCACGGAACAGCAAUUGAGGCAGUCCAGUUGGUCUAUAGCGGUGCCCACAGAGCUCGUGGGAUAUGCACUGGCCCAUGAGCGUUUUGGUGAGCUACCAUGGGCGCAGUUGGUGCAACCCACGUUGGAUUUGUGUCGGCAAGGCUAUAAGCUAUACAAGCAUCAAUAUGAUGCGCUGCUUUUAAAUGCAAUAAUGAUUAAGAAUGAUGACCUUUUAAGGAAAAUGUUUACGGAUGAAAAUACAGGCAAAUUUAAACGCUUGGGCAGUCACAUACAACCGCCAAAGCAAUUGUGUGCUACGUACGAAGUCUUAGCUCGUGAGGGACCGCGCAGCUUCUACAAUGGCACACUCAGCAUCAAGUUGCUGGACGAUUUGGCUGAUAUGGGCAGCAACAUUAAUACCAUGGACUUGAAAUUGGCACAGGCAGAGCUUGUGGAAUCGAUAGUGCUACCAUUGGAUGAAUAUGAGCUGCACUUGACUCCGCCGCCUGGCAGCGGACAUAUAGUGGGACUCAUUAUGAAUAUAUUGCACGAAUUUAAAGCGGACUUUGCCGCUGAAUCGAAGUUGAACGCCACGCAACUGCAUCGCAUUGUGGAGGCUCUGAAGUUUGGUUUUGUGCAGCGUUGGCGGCUGGACGAUAGAGCUGAUGAAACGCUGCUGAAACGUUUACUAAGCGAAGGCUUUGCUCGCAACUUGGCUCAGCAGAUAGAUGAUGGGCAGACAUUUAAUGAAAGCAUUCACUACGGAGCCCCAGAUGAUUUGGAGGUGCGACAGGAGCAAGGCACAGCGCAUAUGUCGCUGCUGCACAAACAAAAUGCUGUAUCAGUAACAAGCUCAAUUAAUUUCUACUUUGGCAGCGGACGCAUGGGUAAACGCACAGGUGUGCUCUUCAACAAUGCCAUGUCAGAUUUUUCCAUGCAGCAUCUGAGAAAUUAUUUUGAGCUGCCCUAUGUUGAGGGCAAGAAUACGAUUGCGACUGCGGCCAGGCCCAUGUCAUCUAUGAGUCCUAUCAUAGUGACAGAUCGUCGCAGCGGUCAGGUUAGGUUAGUCGUGGGCGCAGCUGGUGGCACUAAAAUUAUAUCCGCCUUGGUGCCGUUGCUGGUUCGUCUUCUUUGGCAGCAGGCGCAUAUAAAGCAUGCCAUCGAUGCUAGCCGCAUACAUCAUCAGAUGCUGCCCAAUGUUGUGCAGUAUGAAUAUGGUUUGCUUGAGAAGCAGUUGAAGCAGCUGCGAGAGAAAGGACAUCGAUGUGAACGCUAUCGUCAGCGUAACUCCGUCAUUUGUGGCGUUGCUUGGCGUAACGAAACUGUUUUUGUCAACUCGGACUAUCGCAAAAUAGGCGGAGUCGCGGGUUUUUAGUAAACUUAAGUGUUAAACAAACCGAAGUAUUUGGAUGUAUUUAAAAUAAAUGUGUUAGUUUCAAGCAUAAUAUUG